AUGAUUACAAAGUUUAGUUUUCUCAGAAAAAAUAAUACACUAAAAAGGGUUUUAUUUAAUAAGAUUGAAAAUAAUUAUAUUUAUUUUAAAUUUAUCAAAACUUUCACGACACAAAAUUUUGAUGAAAUUAAUGUAACAUUUGUAAGUCAAGACAAUUAUGAAAAAACAGUCAAAGCAAAAGUAGGAGAUAGUAUAUUAAAAGUUGCUCAUGAAAAUAAAAUAAAUAUGGAGGGUUUUUGUGCAUGCUCUACUUGUCAUGUAAUAAUUGAAGAAAAGUUUUAUGACCUUCUGCCGGAAGCUUUAGAUAACGAAAUUGAUAUGUUGGAGUUAGCUCCUUGUAUAACUGAAACUUCUAGAUUAGGUUGUCAAGUUAAGCUAACAAAAGAACUAGAUGGAAUGAAAGUAAUGUUACCGCCUAUGACAAGAAAUUUUUAUGUAGAUGGUUAUGUGCCUACUCCACAUUAA